GACGUUGCCGAGAUUACAAGCCGCAGGUAAAAAAGCCAAGAUCGGGAGGUUCGAAUCGGUGAAAGAAAGUCGAGAGUGAAAUUUUGUGCGCGCUCCAAACUGAAACCGCUGAAACGAAUGCCGAUGACAAAACAAACGUGAAGCGAAACGGUUCGAAAUCGAAGUCGAAAAAGUGCGCCGGCCAAGUGCCAAUUGCAAGUGGCUAAGUGAAGAAAGUUGGUGUGAAGAGGAGACAGCGAAAAAAACAACACAAGCCCAAAACCCGAGGACGUCAUCGGUAAAAGUGAAUUUUGAUCUUGAUUAGCCGCCCAGCUAAUCCAAGGCCCAAUUUUAGCUAAUCCAACGAGAAGCACAGCCGCUCGAAAUGAAGGUCUUCAGACUGAGUCUACUCCUGGUGGCGGCCCUGCCUCUGAUGUGCCACGCCCUCCCCGCCACGGAUAAAUCCCUCUCGCUGGAGGACACAGAUCUGGACAACGAACCCGGCGAAAGUGUAAAGGAGUCGCAGGUGCAAAAGCGAUCCGGCAGCUUCGAUUAUGUGGCGCACUUGAAAUCCGGCCUUCUGUCCGGAAUUGGCCAGGCAUCCGCCUCGAUCGCCUCCGGCAGUUCCGGCGGAAGCAGCGGAGGAGGGGACAGCUACAAGUCCCACGAAAUUGUUGUCCAUGGAAACUCGGUGGACUAUGACCCUUGGUCGUUCAAGAAGUCCGUGCUGAACACCAUCUUCCAGGCGGUCAAGGCCAUCACCGGCGGGGUCACCGCGCUCAAGGGUCAGCUGAUCAAGGGCAGCGGCUAUGCGUUGAGUGCUGGAGGCAACCUGGUGGCCGCCGGCGGAGACAAGGUCACCGACGUGGGCAAGUCGAUCAUCAACUCGGCGCACAUCAACUCGCACACCUACGCCACUAGUCACUCCUCCGGCGGCGGCGGUCUGUUCGCCAAGCUUACCUCCUUGUCGGGCGCCUCCUCCGGCGGCAGCAGUGGCCACAAGACGGUCUCCGCUCCCGGACCCGUCGUUCACCACGAGACGAUCACUACGUACGAGAUACCCACCGGCCACGCCAGUUAUGGUCCUCCCUCGAAGCCCCCAUCCUACAGUAGCGCCACCCACCAGUACUUGCCGCCGGUGGGCGGGGCCAGCUACAGCGGCGGAGCGCCCUUCAGCGUCAGCCACCCGGCGGCCUUCGAGUCGCCGCCCAGCAAUUAUCUGCCAUCGGCCUACGGACAAGAUGCGGCCAGUGCAAAUAGCAAUGACUUUAAUAUCUACGGACGGCACACCAAACUGACGGAUGAGGAGGCGCGAAAGGCGGCUCUGCAGCUCCAGGAGAUCCUCAGUAUGCUGCCCAAUGGGAAGACGGAGUACACGGCCUCCAAAACGGUGGCUCUGGACACGAGUUCACCCACGGGUUCGGGUUUGGAGCAGGCGGAGGUGUACAAUAGCUAUGGCAUUCCGCUGCCCAACAAUCUGGGCACCUUGGAGUCCCUCUCGCACACCGAAUCCAUAACGGCUGCCUACAAUCCCGCGGCGAAAAACCCCGCCGAUGUGUACCACCAAAUGGCCAAGAGACCCUCCGCCGAGGAGCUCUACAUUCAGAAGCACCCCAACGAGGGCUACGACUACCCACCACCUUCUUCUACUGGCCACGCACCUGCACCACCGCCACCGGCUGCCAGUGACUACCGGGUGGAGAACUACCAUGCCAGCAAGAGCAGCGCGCUCAAGGAUCUGACGCCCAUUAUAGCCGCCUUGGAGGUGGCCAAGAGGAAGGGCAAUGGCCAUGGCAGUGGCCCAGUUUACUCGAUCGAGAAGCAGGUGCACAAGCAGCAGUCGCCGCACUUCCAGUACCUGCCGCCGGUGGUGCAGAAGUCCAAGUACGUGUACAGUGCACCACCGCACCACCAAAGCCACAGCGGUGGUUACAAGGUGCGCCGCCAGGUGGCGCCUGGCAAGCAGCCGAAGCGAGUUUUCCGGCCGCAGGACUACGAAAUACAGGAUCCUCUGAUGUUCAACCGACUGAUGGAGGUUUAGGGGAUCGAAUGUAGUCCUUAGCUAUUAUUACUCUAAGUCAUGUGCAGCAUUUACCUAUAACUUAUUUAUGUUCUCGUUAUCGCAAUCGUUAAUCGUAAUACAUUAUUUAUUGAGCUUCCCAGACAUGGCUGGCAAUAAAGCGAGCCACAGAUACUGCAUCCGAAACAAAACAGAAAUCCAAGCACAGCAUGCUAGAAAUGAAACCCCAGCACCACCAAUCACUUUCUUCUCUUAUCGCACAACCACUUUCCUGCGCCGUUGCACCACCCAAACUGAAUCGGGAACCCUUCUCACCUCUCACCGCUCUCUUUGCAGUCUACCAUCAGUAGAGGACGAUGCGGAAGCUGUGGACCACGCCCACUUCGGUUACACCACGCCCACUGUCCAUCUCCACGUAUCCUAGAGUUAGUCAAAACGUUCCUGCCUAUUUCGAAUCUAUCUGCUGUCACUCCCCUCUCAUCCUAUAAACAUUUCCGAUCCGAAAUCCCCUUCUCCAGGGCCUCACAGAACUGCAGUUCUCAUUGAUUACAAUUGCUCCAUUUUUAGCUUAAGUAUUUAAAUUAAAUAAAUCGUUGAACACAA